AUGACACAAACUCAAGUUCAAAAACAACAGAAAUUCAAGUUAAAACACGCCACAAACUCAAGUUCAAAAACACCACAAACUCAAGUUCAAAAAUCACAAAAACUCAAGAUUAACAAUUGCCACAAACUUAAGUUCGAAAAACACACAAACUCAAGUUCAAAAACACCACAAACUCAAGUUCAAAAACAACAGAAAUUCAAGUUAAAACACGCCACAAACUCAAGUUCAAAAACACCACAAACUCAAGUUCAAAAAUCACAAAAACUCAAGAUUAACAAUUGCCACAAACUUAAGUUCGAAAAACACACAAACUCAAGUUCAAAAACACCACAAACUCAAGUUCAAAAAUCACAAAAACUUAAGUUCAAAAACAAAAGAAACUCAAGUACAACCAACCCAAAUCUAAAGUUUAACAGUUGCCAAAACCUCAAAAAAAAUCAAGUUAAAGCACGCAACAAACUCAAGUUCAACAAACGCUACAAACUCAAGUUCAAAAACACCACUACUCAAGUUCAAAAAUCACAAAAACUUAAGUUCAAUCAAUACCCAAUUCUUAAGUUAAACAAUUUCAAAAACCUCAAGUUCAAAAACAAAACAAACUCAAGUUCAAACACGCCAAAAACUCAAUUUCAACAAACAGACAAACUCAAGUUCAAAAACACGCCACAAACUCAAGUUCAAGCACGACAAAAACUUAAGUUCAAAUAA